AUGUGCUCCAACAGAAAUGACGGGGACGAAGCGAGCUCGGAGCUCGAGCUCUCCUCCUUGUCAUCAUCAGAUUCAUUUGAACCAAGGGCAUUUGAGGGGCCCCCAUCGGAAAUCAAAUCCCUUGAACCCGAAGGGUCCGUCCAGGCGUCUCCUUCGAUUGAUAGCAAGGACUUCCAUCGCGUGAAAAGUAACGGCACGCUAAGGAAGCAAGACUCCAAUGCCAUUGAACAGAUCAUGACACAUAAUGCAACCGAGGGCCGUUCGGAAACAGUCGAGUCUCUUAAGAAGAACGGUCUGAACCUUCAAAAGAAAGCCAUCCCUGACAUCAAUAACCCUGCUGCCAACUACAAGAACUGUGCGUUUCCGGAAGAGUACCAGAUGGAAACUGACACAGGUCUUGUCAAAGCACAAACGUUGCACGGACUUAACCGGCUGGAAAGUCGAACAUCCGGCCGCAGUGGCGCAUCUCAGAAAAAAUCAAUAAGAACUGCUAAUUCAACUACAAAUUCCGAUUUGGCUAGUGCCAACAAUACUAUCAAUGGUCUCGAUGGCGAGAAGCUAAGAAGAGCUGUUGAGAAGAAUCAGAAGAAGAUAGACAAGUAUCAGAAGCACAAAUCUUCCGGCGGGUUACGCAGGUUUCUCGGCAAGAUUUUCGACUGA